AUGUCGGAAAUCGUGGACACCGAGCUGUUGGUCAACUGCACAAUACUUGCCGUCCGGCGAUUCGAGCUGAACAGCAUCGUGAACACCACGCUGCUGAACAGCCUCAACAGAACUGAGGUGGUCAGUCUUCUCUCCAGCAUCAUCGACAACCCCGAUAAUCUUGGUAGCAUCAAUGAGGCCAAAGACUUUCUCACCGAGUGCCUGUUCCCAUCACCGACACGACCGUACGAGUUGCCAUGGGAGCAGAAAACCAUUUGGGCCAUCAUUUUCGGCCUGAUGAUGUUUGUGGCCAUUGCCGGGAAUGGUAUUGUUCUCUGGAUUGUAACAGGACAUCGCAGCAUGAGAACGGUCACAAAUUACUUCCUGCUGAACCUGAGCAUUGCCGACCUGCUGAUGUCGUCGCUGAACUGCGUCUUCAACUUUAUAUUCAUGCUGAAUUCCGAUUGGCCAUUUGGCUCGAUUUAUUGCACCAUCAAUAAUUUCGUGGCCAACGUCACGGUCUCCACAUCGGUCUUCACCCUCGUGGCCAUCAGCUUCGAUAGAUACAUCGCCAUUGUGCAUCCGCUAAAGCGGCGAACGUCGCGUCGGAAGGUGCGCAUCAUCCUGGUCUUGAUCUGGGCACUCAGCUGCGUGCUCUCGGCGCCCUGCCUGCUCUACUCCAGCAUCAUGACCAAACAAUAUUACAAUGGAAAAUCGCGAACAGUUUGCUUUAUGAUGUGGCCGGAUGGAAGAUAUCCCACCUCGAUGGCGGAUUAUGUUUACAACCUGAUCAUCCUGGUGCUGACCUAUGGCAUUCCCAUGAUCGUAAUGCUCAUCUGCUAUUCCCUUAUGGGUCGAGUCCUGUGGGGCAGUCGCUCGAUUGGCGAGAACACGGACCGCCAGAUGGAAUCGAUGAAGUCCAAGCGAAAGGUGGUGCGCAUGUUCAUUGCCAUUGUGUCCAUCUUUGCCAUCUGCUGGCUGCCGUAUCACCUGUUCUUCAUCUACGCCUAUCACAACAACCAGGUGGCCUCCACGAAGUAUGUUCAGCACAUGUAUCUCGGUUUCUACUGGCUGGCCAUGUCCAAUGCCAUGGUUAAUCCCAUUAUUUACUAUUGGAUGAAUAAGAGAUUCCGGAUGUACUUCCAGCGCAUCAUCUGCUGCUGCUGUGUCGGCCUCACCCGCCAUCGCUUCGACUCGCCCAAGAGCCGGCUGACGAACAAGAACAGCUCGCACCGGCACACACGAGGUGGGUACACCGUCGCCCACUCGCUUCCCACCUCCUCACCCCCAGCCACCCAGACCAGCAAUCCCAAGACCAACCACCCAUCAUUCCUGACCAUCCAAGCCAUCCAAGCCUCCACCCAGUCGCACUUGUCUCACCCGAUCCCCACGCCACAUUCCGCAGCCGAGACCAAGAGUCAGUGGAAGCGCAGCACAAUGGAAACGCAGAUCCACCAGGUACCCACGACCAACUCGUGCCGGGAUCAGCGGCAGUUGACGCAGUCGCAAUCGCUGGGAGCGCACAGCGGAGGAGGCGUUGGCACGCCGCGUCCUGCGGUCGAGUGCAUCAUGGAGCGGCCUCUGGACGGGAACAGUUCGCCGCUCUGUCUAUCGAUAAACAACAGUGUGGGCGAGAGGCAACGCGUGAAAAUCAAAUACAUCUCCUGUGACGAGGACAAUAAUCCUGUCGAGCUGGAGCACAGUAGCGGUCCCAAGCAGCUGUGAUGUUGUCCCCAGCAGUGGUGUCGCGACUGCGACGGGAACGGUCGGUGAAUUUUCCAGGGUUUCGUUCCGUUCUGAUGGCGAAGCAAAUGCAAUUUGCCAUUGCUUACUCUUCUGUAC